AUGCUUCUCUUCGUACCGUCACAUGAGGCACGCACCACGGACACGUGGCCUAAUUUGGCACAAUCGGCCGGUCACAGUCGACAUUUCGGCAGAAUCUCGCGUUUUCAACGCUUUAAUCGUAUUGCUGACUUGACUUUCAUUUCGAGCCCAGGCGUUUUUCGGAGAGAUUCCUCGCUCAAUCCCACUAAAAUACCACCGUGGCCCCCUUUUUGCAGAAUCUCGGACGGUCCUCUUGGAUCCCUAUUCACAUGCAUCGUCGAUCUGUGUGUGUGUGUGUGGGUGCACCAACAUAUGACCGAGACAAGAAGGUGUGAAGACGCAAGUCACGUCGGCUCGACUGAAAGUUGCCCGCUGUUGGGGUGUGGGGAAGUUUCAUCACGCAAUUCUGCGCAGACUCUCCACAACUCCAUCGAGUCUCUCGGCACCACUUCACCAACCUCCACGCCAGCGCUAUCGACGCCUCUGUACUUUCCACGCCCCCAACACAGCCGAUCAUCAGCUGACCUCUUUUCUCAGUUUUAUCACUUCUCGCCCCAGCAACGCACUAUAGGCGAUAUCUUGUCUACCCAUUACCGAAGCCGACAGCAGGUUCGAUCCGUAAAGAGAAGAAGACCUGAAUACAUGUGA